UGUAACAAUUAAAAAACGCGCGAAUUUGUCGCUCCGAAAGUCACGGGUCUCGCGAAUUGCGAAAGGCGCGCGAAGACGAUCGGCAAAAAGAAACGUUUGUAACUCGUAAUAAGGUUUAUCGUUGGCGAAACGCAAUUGUAAGACAAAACACGAGUGUCGAGGGAGCUAGAAGGAGAGAGAGGCGAGCAUCAGAGGCGAGCUCUCCUCUUAUCUUUGGCGUGUGGCGAUUUCGCCGUUUUUCUCUCUUGGCCGCAGUAAACAGCAUUGCUCGCGCUCUCGGGGCAUCUAAAAUGCUAUGUGCGAGCCUCGGAGCGCGCGGCUUAUUAUAAGCGCUUGCCAGUCGAUCGCUAGCGCGGCCCGAUUGCUGCAAGUCGACAGCUGCACACGCACACGUAUACUGUAUACAUAUUUAUACACACACGCACACACAAUAUCAUAAUACAGAAGCAGCAAGUGACUGCAACGGCGGCCCCAUCUCCCAGACUUGUAUAGAUCACGCGUGCGGUGCGUACAUCGAGUCCAAUUGUUGCCGCUAAAAGUCUGCAGUAGCAGCAACCGCGGGGGAGGAUUUUAGUAUAGUGAGCGAGCUGCCAAAGGACCAUUGCUCGCGACGACUGUGCUCGCUAUAAACCAAGGAGAACUUCUACGAAGAUGGUGAACGUGGAAAGUAUAAGCAGUUUAAUUUCGUCAGGAGUCGAUUCGGCCGCACAGAUGUCUAUAGGACAAGCAAUUCUAAAGGCCAUCGACAAGGUUUUGUGGACCAUUGAAAAGUCGGUACAGUGGAGUUUACCGUCGACAGACGUCCGUAUGGAAGUCAACGGUAAACCAUCCAGCGAAGUUGAUUUCGUCAGACCGCUUCCUUGGAUCUUGUUUUUGCCCACUCUAAUUUUUUUGCGAGUCGUCAGGAUUAGCAUUAAUCUGACAGCAUCAGUUUUGGGAUAUCCAAAAGUAGAACCUAUCGACAUGAUUCAAGUCUUGCAAAAAAGCCGCAAACGUAUCCAAGCUAUCAAAUCAACUGGCAUGAAAAAUAUGAAAUUAAAUAAAGGAUCCACUACUAAGGACGAACCGAUGACUGUGAGAGAAGCUAGUAAGAGCCUGGCUAAGUCCUUAAGAUUGACUUUAUCCACCCUAUCUUGCUUGGACUCCGGAACUAAGAUGCCUCCAUCGCCGCCCCCGACUAAAAUUCGAGUCUCUAAUUUUUUUGACUCGGUUUCAUCAGAAGCUGAAGAAAAACCUGAAGUUGAAGUCACAAGCUCAGCAGUAAAUGAUAGCAAAAGGAAGUUUUCUGAUAUGUGUUCAGACGAUUCAGUGGAUGAAACUGACGAAUCUGACGAUGAAGCUGUAUUAGAUGAUGAACUCAACGGAGUAGCAGUUUUACCAAAAGCUGAAGAAAAAGUUGAUAUUGAAGUUACAAGUACUGCAGAAAUAAAUAAUAAAAGCAAUAAUCUGUCUGAUAUUAGCUCAGAGAAUUCGAUGGAAGAAUCAGACGAUUCAGGAGAGGAACAUUUAGAUAAAAACCAUAAAGUUACCAAUAUUAAUUUCCCGUGUGGACGAGAAAUUGAGUUCUACAACCUUGAAAGAGGGGCUGGAGGCGCUGAAGGAUGAGUUUUUUGAAGAUCCAAUGAUGUUUUACCUUCAAAGAUAGAUGUGUAAAUUUAAAGUUAUUAUAAGCGCAUUUAAACAAUCGACGAUUUUUUCAUGCCAUCAUGUUUUGUAAGCACAUGUACUUAUUAUGAUCAAUAAUCGCAUUCUCAGCAAGUAAUGUGUGAUUAUUUAACAAUCAUUUUUUAGUGAUUUUGAUUUAAACUAAUGUAUAGUUGACUCGUUUUUCUUAAUUUGUUAUUCAAUGUCUAUUCCAAUACGUAUAUUUUAAAAUUGUAAUAAAAUUGAAUAUUUUCGUAAUAAAA